GAUACUCUAUUACUACACUGGGCUGGCAAAUCUUUUGGUGUCACGGCGGAUUUUUUGAAUGGAUACACUACACAACACUAAAAGUAACCCCAAUAUACUCGAACCUUCCCAACCAUAACCUACCACACAUUACACCACACACCUUUUCCCACUGUUUUCCACCAAAAAAUCUCUCUUUCGGAAAGAAAAAAAAGAGGGAGAAAGAGAAGAAAGAUUCCUUUUGACCAAACAUUAAAAAGAAGAAGAGAUUCGAUGCAAAUUAUUUUUGCUCGUAGCUCUUCUGAGCUUUCAUCCUAAAAGAAAAGAAGAAGACGGAAAAAACAAUCCAACUCCUAUCAAAAAGUUUCAAUUUUAUUCGAUUUCUCUUCUACAGCAAAAGAUACCCCAUUAUUAUAUUUUUGUACUACUACUACUGCUACUACUACUGCUCCUGCUCCUGCUACUGCUGCUCCUGCUACCACCACCACCACCACUACUACUACCACCAUCACCAUCUCUUCGAAUCCAAUCACGAACAUUCACUCCAAGCCACUGCCCAUCGCUUUCUCUUUGGCAACGCCAUCCCAUCACCAUACAACACCGCCUCAGGUCUGCCUGUAAGACAUCCAUCUUGGUUUAAGAAGUUGUUGGCAAGAAACCUUAUAUCCUGCUCAAAGCUGUACAUCUCAGCCUAGUCGAGCAACCAGCUCACACCUCACGACUCCCUUUAAUCAUGGCUUCACCAACUGAAGCAACGGUUCCCGCCAUCCCGCCAACCUCCUCCUUGGAACCCAGCACCGCCAAUCCAUCACUGGCCGACUCUCCAUUAACAAACGAUUCAUCGAGCACCUCUUCAUCAGAUGCAAAUGGAGGAAGCACGCCAGCAAACACGUCUGCUAGUCGUACACCAUCAAUCAAGAGGCCAAAGCUUGGUACUAGAAAGUCUAGCGGUACUAUAAUAGUACCGCGCGAACAUCCGCGCGUGGAAUUAAAAGAAGGGGACGAGGUCUUCGACGAGGAUGAUGCAAGAGCCAUGAGUCCAAGGAGGAACAGUGAGGAUUUGGAGAAGAUGAGUCAAGAUGCCAGAGCGCAACUCAACGAACACGCGAAACUCCUUCAACAAUCUCUCCUCGAAAUAUUCAAUCGAAUCGAAGCUGUCAAGGAGGAGCACGAUAAACUCGAUAACAACAACAAAUUCUUGCAGAAGUACAUCGGAGACUUAAUGUCCACGUCUAAGAUUACAUCUACUGGUGCUGGAGGCCGAAAGAAAUAGCCACUAGCCGUGGAAACCAAGGAAGUAGAGGAGGUAUGUCGAAAACGGAAGGCAUCGCGGCAUCAAGGCUGGUCAGGUCGAAAAAAGAACAAACAUACCAAAGAGGACCGAGAGGUAUGACAUGAUGCGCGGGACCAGGAAAAAGGCGAACCACAUAUUGAUACCCCUCAAAUACAUACGAUCACACACAUCCCGCUUUCAUUAACGACUCAUGAUUUUUCUCGAUAGUGAUCAUUGCAAAGAGCUUGCAAAGAGAUCACAAGAAAGAUCACCACUUCCACCAUACUACUUUACGACAUCAUCCUCUUAUUUCCUGGUCUCCACACAAAUUUAUAAGUCUCAUCUUAAAUAACACAGCUGGCUGUACAUCAACACCGGCAUCAAAUAUCUGCUGCAACGACGACGAUCAAGCGACUCAGAAGGGGACGAAGAUGAGGAGGCAUUAUAACGGCGUACUUUUCGGCUUGGGUUUUCUGGUUCAAUCUAAUUCAUCGAACAUUCUGGGAGCUUUAUCUCAGAACCCCCUUUUUUGAUUACUCGGUUUGGGCACUUGCUUUCGUUUUGGCAAUGGGGGGUAGGCUCCAUCAUGGCAUUAUUGGCAUGGCUUGGCAUUUGUGAUUUUUCUUUUUGGCUUCUAUGAUGACAUUGCAUUUGGAACUGGCUCUGGCAUCACUUUCAUCAUUUAUCAUCAGCGACAGGCGUUUAAUUUCUUUUUUGAAUUCAAAUUCUUUCGUUCCUCAUUUGGUAUCCUCAAUUCGACGAACACAUACAAAUCACGCAUACUUUUUACGGGAAAGCAAAAUCCGCAAUGCUUGUCUCUGGUUCAGUGGGUCAAGUCGCUGUAUAGCACGAUACCACACCAUGCCCUCGGAGUAAACGUUAGACUGGAAUGUAUAGGAUGGAACGAUUGAAACUCGGGGGGUGGCGAAGGAGACAAAAGAAACAGAACUGGUUUGAAGAACAGUCAUAUUGUUAUUCAUGAGUGACCAGUGGGGAUAGGGGGUGCAAUCAUGUUUUGGGGAGUAAAUGGAAUGGAUGGGGGUUGGGAAAGGGUCUCGGAAGGUGGUUGCUGGAGGAGGAGCAGAGAGGGAAGAGAAAGUGUGUAUUAUAGAUGCGGUACAAUACAACACAACAAUACAAAUUUAUGGUUUAAUGCAACUGGGCUGUAGAAUACAAGGUGUGAUGUUUGGGUCUGACUUCGAUGGGAGAUGAGUAUGACACCGGAUUGCGUUGUUUCUGAAAUGAGUAGAGAAUGAUGUAUGAUAAUGAGAUAGCUAUCAUCUGAAUGCGUACCA